AGACUUUUUGACGAAGUGAACAUUCCAUAAAAUUUGAGGUUGAGAGUUCCUUUGGAUGGAAAAGCGAGGUGAAAUAUUCACCUUCCGUAUUUCAUGGAUUUCAGAGUAACCGAGUUCAUGAACUGAAAACAAUAUUGGAAUACCAAAUAAGUUUUAAGUCGUUGAUAACGCUUUCGACAUCUAAUUAUUUCCAAUUCAAUAUCCUUGCAAUACAUUUCAUCAACGACCAUUGAAGAACUAUAAAUAUACACCCGAAUGUUCAUCUACUUAUCAAUCUUUCAAGUGACACACAUCAAACAACAACCAAGAAAAUGUUCAAAUUGGUUAUCGUAACUGUUGCUCUCUUCACCUACGGAGUGAUGGCUGCUCCAGAGCCCGAAGCCAAAGCCGAAGCGAAACCAGGAGUAUUGGCAGCUGCCCCACUUGUAGCAGCAGCCCCUGCUAUAGCUCCAGCUGUUGUCACAGCCACUAGUUCUCAAGCUUUCGUAAGGAAUUACAACGCUUUAGCAGCUCCACUUGUUGCAGCUCCAGUACCAGUAGCAGCUUCGUAUGUUGCAGCUCCAGGUGCACCACUUUUAGCAUCUCCUUACGUUUCUCCAUACUAUGCAUCCAAUUAUUUAGCUGCAUCUUAUGUCAUCUGAGAAAUGUUUACACGAUCUGAAUAAAAAAAUGAAAUAUGAA